UUCUCGCCAAAUUCUCCGACAAUAUCGGUUUCCUAUAAAAGCGAUCUCUAAGCGCCGUGUUUACUCAGUUUGAAAAAAGUGUUUCGACGAAAAUGCAGGCCGUGAAAGUGAUCUUUGUUCUGAGUUUGACCCUGGCCGUUGCCUUCGGUCAGAGGAGAACAUUAGGUGCUCCAAAACCCCUAGAAGGAGAUGAUCUGGCAAAGGCAAAGGAUCUUCUGACCACCACCCUCACCAAACUUGCCGCAGGAGAUGGUCCCAAAUACGAAGUGGUGAAUGUGACAUCUGCAACUAGCCAACUGGUGGCUGGUUCUCUGUACAAAUUCGAGGUGGAACUGUCCAACGGAUCUGACAACAAGGAGUGUACCGUGAAGAUCUGGGACAGACCAUGGCUGCUGGAAAAGGGUGAAAGCACCAAUAUUAAGAUCCAGUGCAAGGAUGAAGCUGAGAUUGACACCACCUGGUAGUCCGAGUUCCUUGGUUUUAGUCAAAUAAUUGUCAUAUAACUUGUUAUUUCCAAAAAAGUUGGCCAAUGAAUCUUCCAGAUAUAUUAUAUAUUUCGGUGAAUCCCUGAAAAAUUUACAUUUAUAUAAUAAACAAACUUUGAUCUGUGAUAAA